ACUGCAGGUCCCGGUGCAGGGUAGAGUCUGGCUGGCGUUGUUCUUCCGGUUCCCUGUCCCGGUUCUUGGGGUUGCGUAGCCGGACCCAGUAGACAUGUCGGGGUUCAGCCCGGAGCUCAUCGACUACCUGGAAGGGAAAAUCUCCUUUGAGGAGUUCGAAGGGCGGAGAGAAGAGAGAAAAAACCGCGAGAAGAAAAGUCUUCAGGAAAAACGAAAGUUAUCAGCUGAAGAAAAUACAAAUGACUUUGAAGUUCCGUCAUCAUCGGGAAUUGACUCUACCAAAUCCCAGAACAAAGAUGUCAAUGAUGGAGAAACGUCAGAUGGAGUCAGUAAGUCAGUUCACAAGGUCUUUGCUUCUAUGCUUGGAGAGAAUGAAGAUGAUGAGGAGGAAGAGGAUGAAGAGGAGGAGGAGGAAGAAACAUCUGAACAACCCACUGCAGGCGAUGUAUUUGUAUUGGAGAUGGUUCUCAAUCGUGAAACCAAGAAAAUGAUGAAAGAGAAGAGGCCUCGGAGUAAACUUCCCAGAGCUCUGAGAGGUCUCAUGGGCGAAGCCAACAUCCGCUUCGCUCGAGGAGAACGUGAAGAAGCCAUCUUGAUGUGCAUGGAAAUCAUAAGACAAGCUCCUCUGGCUUAUGAGCCAUUCUCUACUCUUGCCAUGAUAUAUGAGGACCAAGGCGACAUGGAGAAAUCAUUGCAGUUUGAGUUGAUUGCUGCACAUUUAAAUCCCAGUGACACAGAAGAAUGGGUUAGACUGGCGGAAAUGUCUCUGGAACAAGACAAUAUUAAGCAGGCUAUUUUUUGCUAUACGAAAGCCCUUAAAUAUGAACCUACUAAUGUUCGUUAUCUGUGGGAGCGAUCAAGCCUUUAUGAGCAGAUGGGAGAUCAUAAAAUGGCAAUGGAUGGUUAUAGGAGGAUUUUAAACUAUUUGACUCCAUCUGACGGAGAACGUUUUAUGCAGCUGGCUAGAGAUAUGGCAAAGAGUUACUAUGAAGCCAAUGAUGUUACAUCUGCUAUUAACAUUAUUGAAGAAGCUUUCUCAAAACACCAAGGCCUAGUCUCCAUGGAAGAUGUUAACAUAGCAGCUGAACUAUUUAUUUCUAACAAACAGUAUGAUAGAGCUUUGGAGGUAAUUACUGGUUUUUCUGGAAUCGUGCUGGAAAAAAGAACUACAGAAGAAGGCACCCUGGAGGAGAAUAAAGCUGGUGAGAGUGUUUCCUGCACUAUACCUGAUGGAGUUCCAAUAGAUAUCACAGUGAAAUUGAUGGUCUGCCUUGUACAUCUCAACAUCCUGGAACCACUUAAUCCUCUCUUGACAACACUAGUGGAACAGAAUCCUGAAGAUAUGGGAGACCUCUAUUUAGAUGUUGCCGAAGCUUUUCUGGAUGUUGGUGAAUACAAUUCUGCUCUUCCGCUCCUUAGUGCACUAGUCUGCUCUGAACGAUACAACCUUGCGGUAGUCUGGCUUCGGCACGCAGAAUGUUUAAAAGCCUUAGGCUAUAUGGAGCGUGCAGCAGAAAGCUAUGGAAAGGUGGUUGAUUUGGCUCCCCUCCAUUUGGAUGCAAGAAUUUCACUUUCCACCCUUCAACAGCAGCUGGACCGUCCUGAGAAAGCUCUGGAAGCUCUGGAACCAAUGUAUGAUCCAGAUACUUUAGCACAGGAUGCAAAUGCCGCACAGCAGGAACUGAAGUUGUUGCUUCACCGUUCUACUCUGUUGUUUUCACAAGGCAAAAUGUAUGGUUAUGUGGAUACCUUACUUACCAUGUUAGCCAUGCUUUUAAAGGUAGCAAUGAAUAGAGCUCAAGUCUGUUUGAUAUCCAGUUCCAAAUCUGGAGAGAGACAUCUCUACCUUAUUAAAGUGUCAAGAGACAAAAUAUCAGACAACAAUGACCAAGAGACAGCAAAUUGUGAUGCAAAAGCAAUAUUUGCUGUACUCACAAGUGUCUUAACAAAAGAUGACUGGUGGAAUCUUCUGUUGAAGGCGAUAUACUCCUUAUGUGACCUAGCCCGAUAUGAAGAGGCUGAGUUACUAGUGGAUUCUUCACUGGAAUAUUAUUCAUUUUAUGAUGACAGGCAAAAGCGCAAAGAACUAGAAUACUUUGGUCUCUCUGCUGCAAUUCUGGACAAAAAUUUCAGAAAAGCAUACAACUAUAUCAGGAUAAUGGUAAUGGAUAAUGUCAAUAAACCCCACCUCUGGAACAUUUUCAAUCAAGUUACCAUGCAUUCCCAAGAUGUACGACAUCAUCGCUUCUGUCUCCGUUUAAUGCUGAAAAACCCAGAUAAUCAUGCCCUCUGUGUCUUAAAUGGACACAAUGCAUUUGUAUCUGGAAGUUUUAAACAUGCACUUGGACAGUAUGUUCAAGCCUUUCGCACCCAUCCCCAUGAACCUCUCUAUAGCCUUUGUAUAGGCCUGACCUUUAUUCACAUGGCAUCUCAGAAGUAUGUAUUAAAGAGACAUGCUCUCAUUGUACAGGGCUUUUCCUUUCUUAAUCGAUACCUAAGUCUCCGUGGGCCUUGCCAGGAAUCAUUCUACAACUUGGGCCGUGGCCUUCACCAACUGGGGCUGAUUCAUCUUUCAAUCCACUAUUAUCAGAAGGCCCUGGAGCUCCCUCCAUUGGUGGUAGAGGGUAUAGAAGCUGACCAAUUAGACUUGCGGAGAGAUAUUGCCUACAACUUGUCUCUCAUUUAUCAGAGCAGCGGGAACAUUGGAAUGGCACAAAAGCUGCUGUAUACCUAUGUUUCUGUAUAAAUAAAGCACCUCAUCUGAGAAAGGAGCCUUGGGCAGUUGCUGUGUGUGGACCAGAAUCUUCUGUCUAUUAUUCUUAACCCCUCAAAUGGAAAUGAUAAUUUCAGAAUUAUCUAACAGUAUAUUUCAUUUUUUAAUAUGUGGUGAUAAUAUUUUGGUGUAAAUGUAAGAUGAUUGUUCCUGCAGGAGUGUGUAUAUUGUUUGGACAUUUCCCUUUGGUAUUCUGUAGUAAAAAUUUCCCCAGAGAUGAACUGGACAAUAUUAGUCUUUAAUCUAGUUUGCAGCUGAAUAUACUUUUUUUUUCCUACACCACUUAUUCAUCUGUGCAUUUAGUAUUGUAUAAUAAGCACCUACUAUGUACUAGGCAUGAUGAUAGGUGUUGGGAAUAUAGUUAUAAACAAGACAGUCCAUGAUCUCAUCUUUCAUGGUACUUACAGAGUACAUUACUGACUCCUGAGGUAAUUACUGCUCACUGCAGUUCUCCAAAUACAGAAAGUAUUUGAAGAAAUUUUUGUUACAUUUCCACAUUAUAAUUGUUGUCAAUCAUCCAUUUCUUAGUGCCCUGUUAUUUCUGCAUGGAGCAGUUUUUCAAAUACCACAGAAAAGGAGAGUACUUGUUAAAGGAAAGACAAAAUGAGAUGCUUUAUGAUGCAAGAAAAUUAUGUAAGCUCCUAACAAUUAUUUUAAAUGGUUAUAUGGCAGGAAAAAAGUAACUGACUUCACCUUUUACUUUUCACUUUCAUGUAUCUUAGCUUCUUAGACUGUAAGACCUGGUAGACUAGGCUUAAUUCAGAACAUCCUACUCCGAGGCAAAUAAAAAAUGUACUACAUUUGUGACUUCCUGCAAAAGUAAUAGGAAAGAAUAGAUGAUGUUCAGUAACCUGACAUGGUUUCCAUUUCAAGAUCUGUGAUUGUAUGAGAGACUAGGGAACUUGUAUACAUGGAACAAAGUAUUGCUGGUAAAGUGUAAAAAAUUAGAUAAAUACUGUUUACUCAUUUCAAAUAUUACAUGUUCUUGAAUCUAAGAUGACAGUACCUGUUAGAUACAUGACUGGCUUAAAAACUGCUUUUUGGGGAAAAUAAAUGCUAUAAUAAAUGUGCAUGUGGAUUGUAAGACCAGUUGUGGGAGGGAAACAAAUAUAGGAGUUAGGAUUAAAGAAGUACAGUAGAGGUUUUUAGGAAUUCUUACCACUAUUUAUAAUUAUAUACGUAACUUUCUAGGUGAGAAGCAGGAUUUAUAUGUAAUAAGUAAAUACAUUGUGCCCUGUGUGUGUGUAUAAUUUUAAUAAAUUUAUAUUUUUAUAAUUAACA